CAUACGGGUACAAACUAGUGAAAUAUGCACCGCAGGUUGCCGGGCCCGCCAUGCACCAGCCGCAGCGUCUCGAAACUCAAACCAAUGCUCUCUCCAAAGCUACAAUGGUUCUUGCGCUCCCAUCUACCUCCCUCUACCUUCAAACCCAUCUACUGUCCGGCUUCCUUUUCUUUUUCUUCUUCUUUGCAAUAUUCACCAUGGUCAGGUCUCCAAGCCUGGAGAGAUAGCCCACUCAACGAGAACCGUCUUUGGGGACCCAAUGGCCCAGAAUCUCUUGUGCUACAGCCUCCCUCUUCAGCAACCAACAACUGUGACAAUCCAAUUGGGUCCGCUUCUUCCUUAGCGGAGCUUGGUGCUCUGGUACUAUCCACCAGUGACCCUCUAGCCAAGUCCAGGCUUUCGCAUUUGGCAUACUCCAGGUGGCGCCGUGAGAACCUUCCCCUUGGGGUGGUGUCUGACCCGCCUUCUCGGCCCGCUCGCUCUCCGAAACCAGAACUGGUUUCCCCAAAGGAAAUUCCAGCUCCAAAAAAAUCAGGUUUGCCUCUUAAUGCUUAUAUGCUUCAUAAUCUUGCUCACGUGGAGUUAAAUGCAAUUGAUUUGGCAUGGGACACUGUUGUUCGAUUUUCGCCCUUCAGUGAGAUUCUUGGGGAGGGAUUCUUUGCUGACUUUGCUCAUGUUGCUGAUGAUGAGAGUCGACAUUUUGCUUGGUGUUCACAAAGACUCUCUGAGCUUGGUUUCAAAUAUGGAGAUAUGCCUGCCCAUAAUCUGCUUUGGAGGGAAUGUGAGAAGUCAUCUGACAAUGUUGCUGCUCGUUUGGCAGUUAUCCCACUUGUCCAGGAGGCUAGAGGACUUGAUGCUGGGCCCCGAUUAGUGCAAAAAUUGACUGGCUUUGGAGAUCACAGGACAUCUAACAUUGUGGCUAGAAUUGCUGAUGAGGAAGUUGCACAUGUAGCUGUUGGUGUAUUUUGGUUUAUCUCUGUCUGCCAAAAACUGGGCCGUAUGCCUUGUUCCACUUUCAAAGAGCUAUUAAAUGAAUACAAUGUGGAGUUGAAAGGACCCUUUAAUUACUCAGCUCGGGACGAAGCUGGCCUUCCACGCGACUGGUAUGAUACAUCAUUUUCAGGAAAACCGGUUAAGAAUGGGAAACAGAACAAAACUGACAAGCUUUCUAUGGUUUAUGAGAGGCUUGCUUCCAUCAUUUCUAUGGAGGGUGAGAACUCGAGCUUGAAUAGGCCUCCUGGGUAAUCUUUGUUCCAAAAGCGAUGGUGUGAAGUUCUGGUUGGUUUGCCCAUACGACUCCCACCGGAAGCCAGACUGCCAACUGCUCACCAUCGGUCGUCACUACUGGUUGUUUGGGCAUCUAUGGAGUUUUUGAUAAUAUUAAUAAUAAGCUUGUUUGGAAUUAUAUUUUGUAGAAGUGUAUCAUGAAAUCAACAGUCUUCAUUGUGCUAACCAGAACCAAUCGUUAAAGAUCAUGUUACGUGGUCUACUUUUGGUUUAGUUUGAGGAUUAGAUCUUAAUUGAUGGAACACAUUAUAAUUUCUCUAUUA